UCUCACCGCAGCAGCGCCACCCGGUUCCUCAAAAUCUCUUCCAUCCGCAAUUCGAUGAUGUUAGAGCUUCUCUGAUCGUCUAAAACGGAUGACAGCUCUUUAUUAAACUAACAAAUGCGCCAGAAGUGAGCGAACUUCUGUAGAUUAACGACAAAAGCGGUCGAGGAAGGCGCAAACAUGUCGGCGAGCGCUGUUUAUGUGUUAGAUCUGAAGGGGAAGGUGCUGAUCUGCCGUAAUUACCGCGGUGAUGUGGACAUGUCAGAGAUCGAGCAUUUUAUGACCCUGCUGAUGGAUAAGGAGGAGGAGGGAACGCUGUCGCCCAUCCUGGCUCACGGUGGAGUUCGUUUCAUGUGGAUUAAACACAACAAUCUGUACCUUGUUGCAACGUCCAAAAAGAAUGCUUGUGUCUCUCUUGUUUUCUCCUUCCUCUACAAAAUUGUUCAGGUUUUCUCUGAAUACUUUAAGGAGCUGGAGGAGGAGAGUAUCAGAGAUAACUUUGUCAUAAUCUACGAGCUGCUGGAUGAACUCAUGGACUUUGGAUACCCGCAAACGACUGACAGCAAGAUCCUUCAGGAAUACAUCACGCAGGAAGGUCACAAGUUGGACACGGGUGCUCCACGACCCCCAGCCACGGUCACCAACGCCGUCUCCUGGAGGUCAGAGGGCAUCAAGUACAGGAAGAACGAGGUUUUCCUGGACGUCAUCGAGUCUGUCAACCUCUUGGUCAGUGCAAAUGGUAACGUCCUUCGCAGUGAGAUCGUUGGCUCCAUUAAGAUGAGAGUGUUUCUCUCGGGAAUGCCAGAGCUGCGUUUGGGUCUGAAUGACAAGGUUCUGUUUGAGAACACUGGCCGUGGUAAGAGUAAAUCAGUGGAGUUGGAGGAUGUGAAGUUUCAUCAGUGUGUGCGUCUGUCUCGAUUUGAAAACGAUCGAACAAUCUCCUUCAUCCCUCCAGACGGAGAGUUUGAGCUCAUGUCCUACCGCCUCAACACACAUGUGAAGCCGCUGAUCUGGAUCGAGUCUGUGAUUGAGAAGCAUUCGCACAGCAGAAUUGAGUACAUGAUCAAAGCCAAGUCUCAGUUUAAGCGCCGCUCCACUGCCAACAACGUGGAGAUUCAUAUUCCAGUCCCGACCGACGCAGACUCGCCCAAGUUUAAGACCACGGUGGGCAGCGUGAAGUGGGUGCCGGAGAACAGCGAGAUUGUUUGGUCCAUCAAAUCUUUCCCUGGAGGUAAGGAGUACCUGAUGAGGGCUCAUUUCGGGCUGCCCAGUGUUGAGGCGGAGGACAAGGAGGGAAAACCACCAAUCAGCGUGAAGUUUGAGAUUCCUUAUUUCACCACAUCUGGAAUACAGGUGCGUUACCUGAAGAUCAUCGAGAAGAGCGGUUACCAGGCCCUGCCGUGGGUGCGAUACAUCACCCAAAACGGAGACUAUCAGCUGCGGACACAGUAAACGUGAAGAAUUACUCCAGAGCAUCACGAGUCAAGGAAGCGUCUCUGUCUGUCUCUCUUUCUGCUGUAUGUAGAGGCUCCGCACUCAUCUGCAGUAUUCACAACACACUAGUGCUUUGAAUCAUUUCAGACAAAUACAGCUUAGAUCUUACAUUUACGGACUGGAAUUGAAUCUUUCAUACCGUGUUACUUAGGUUUUGUCCAAAUCUUCCCAUAUUGAAUCUUAGGAAACUGUCCAGAACAUAAGAAUCAUAUGAUCUUUACUUAGAAGAAUCAAAUGAAUCAUUACUUUUGAAUCGUUAAGAUAUUUCUAUGUAUUGUCAUAAAUAAUCACAUUCCCUUCAAAUUCUCAUUGAUUCUUUUGAUUUUGUGUUGAAAUUUGAGUCUGACGUGCUUGAGAGUAUUUAAAAGAUUCGUUCGUUAUUCCUCAAGAACACAUAAACGCUGAUUCGUUUGUAUUGAAUCAUUUCAUGCCCAUUCCACACCUUUUAUUCAGAUACUGCAGAUGUGUGUGUGUGUUCGGUGUCUGUUUGUAAACGGGAGUCAUGUUCCUUCACGUUUCAUGAAAACGCAGCGCAGUCUUUAACCAAUAGUACCACGUCACAUCUCAACGGAGGAAGUGUUCAUACGCGUCACAUUUCAGAUGUUUUCAUACUGUAAACUUCAUGUUUAGAACGGAGCCGUUCAUUUGCAGUUAUUUACUAGAUGAAUCUGUAAAAUCACAGCGAUAGUAAGCUGCACAUUACAGUGUUCGUUUGUUACGUUAUCAAGUCGCGAAAGGUCAAAUGAAUCAAGCUUUUAUAUUGCUAGGUCAUGAUUUCAUUCAGUAUUUCCCAUCAGGAAUGUCCUCAAAUAUUGUUUUCUGACAUUCAGUGUUUUUUUGGGGGUUUUUUAGGUCAUUCCUGCAUACUGACUCUUAUUUUAUUUUAUAGUUUAUUUAUAGUAUGUUGUAAUUCAGUAUUAUUGGCUGCUCUGGGAUCUGUUCACAGUACCUCAUGAGUUUACUACACUGCUAAAAUGCAGAAUUACACUCGACUGAAACUGUUCAACACACAACUGAAAUCUAAAGUCAACCGUGGUGCCACUUUGUUUGUUUGUUUGUUUGUUUUUUUUUAUUGCUUUGUCGGUGUGUCUGAUUACAUUUGCCUUUAAAGGUCGGAAUGUGCAGUACCAUGUUUACUAUGGUACUGCAUGCAGUCCGGCUGAAAUGUGACAGAAUUGCAUUCCUCUCGAAAUGUUCCUGUAUCUCCUGUAUCAGAUAAUUCACCUCUCUGUACACGUCAAACGUCAAUAAAGUACCUGUUUAGAAAACA